UGAUGGCAGCAGCAGCAGCAUGGUGAAGGAGCAUCCAACGUGGAUAAACAACCGCUCAACACCGACGAUUUCAUGGAUUUAAACGGUUAUUAGAUGAAUUACCUUAAAUGAGUUUGUAGUUUUAAGUUCUGUAAAACCGGCCAACUCGAGAAAACGGGCAUAGAUUCCGUGACAAAAUGCCACAUAGAAAGAAGAAAUCGUUCAUUGAAAAGAAGAAGGCGGUCACCUUUCACCUUGUUCACAGGAGUCAGAGAGAUCCUCUUGCUGCAGAUGAGAAAGCCCCUCAGCAUGUCCUCCUUCCCGCCACCAAGGUGGAGGUGGAAAAGCGGCGCGAGGAGCAGAGAAAUUUUGGUGUUUUCUUUGACGACGACUAUGAUUAUCUGCAGCACUUGAAGGAGGCGUCAGGUCGAUCAGAGCUGGUGGCCUCUGGGAUGGUGCACAAUGAUGGGCAACCUUUUCAGCUCUGUGAUGAAGAUGAGGAUGAGGAGAAUGGCACUCCUGCAGCCACUAUCAACCUGCCUUCUUCAGUAUUUGCCUCAGAGUUUGAAGAAGAGGUUGGACUCCUGAACAAAGCGGCUCCAAUUUCAGGGCCUCGUCUGGACAUGGACCCUGACAUUGUGGCUGCUCUCGACGAAGACUUCAACUACGAUGACCCUGACAACAUCCUGGAUGACGAUUUCAUCAUCAAAGCAAACAGUGCGAGUGGAGCACCAGAUAUGGAGGGUGAUGAUGAUGAUGAUGAGUGGGAGGACACGGACGACGAAGGUGACUUUGACUCCGAGGGUGGGUUUUCGGAUGAGGAGGAAAUGGUGGAGGGUGGCUGUGGUCGAGAGUUUCUGUUCAUGGAUGAGGAGACGAAGAGUCGAUUCACAGAAUAUUCGCUGACAUCGUCUGUGAUGAGGAGAAAUGAACAGCUCAGCCUGUUGGACGACCGCUUCGAGAAGUUUUAUGAACAGUUUGAUGACGAUGAAAUCGGCGCCUUGGACAACGCAGAGCUGGAGGGCUUCAUCGAACCGGACAGUGCUCGGCUGGAGGAAGUCAUCAAAGACUAUUUCAAACAGAAGCAGAAAGAGUCUUUGAGGCCUGAUGACUUGGGUCCUAAAGAACUUCCUGCUUUGAAGGAAGAGGAUGAGGACGAGGAAGAGGAAGAGGAGAUGGAGACAGUGGUGGUUGAAGCUCCAGAGGACAAAUGGGACUGUGAAACCAUCAUCAGUACAUAUUCCAACAUUUACAACAGGCCCAAAAUUAUUGAGGAGCCGCCAAAGUCGAAGCCAAUUCGUGUCUCCAGUAAGACGGGCAUCCCUCUGGACGUGCUUCCUGCCAGAGGCCUGACGGCGAAGCAGGCAGAACGAAUGACAAGGAUCAACGACUCAGACCUGCCUCGAGCCUGCACACAACCUCGAAACAAGGAUGAGAGCAAAGAGGAGAGAAAGGCGAGGAAGCAGGCCAUCAAGGAAGAACGAAAGGAGAGGAGAGUGGAAAAGAGGGCCAACAAGACGGCGUUUAAAGAGGAGAAAGUCCGACAGGAGAAGCAGAUGUUGAACCUCAGAGCAAACAUUCAGGGCCUGAAGCUUUAGUCGCUGCUUCACUGCUCGGACUGCACAGACUUUUUACCGGACGAUGAGACGUUCAGGACACAUUGGUCUCAUCAGGUGGCAGGAUGAUCCGGACUGGAGGACUGACCCAGGACUGACCCAGCUCCAAUUCAGAAGAAAUAGAUCCUCAUGUAAUCCCAUCAUGCUACAAACAUGGACCUCAAUGUGUGUUUUUAUGUUUUUGGUUCCACCUUUGCAGAGAGUAUUAAAAACUCGUGCACCAGAAGGUGUCUUUGAAUGUCUCAUCAAAACUGAACAGGUUUUUUUGUUUUCACUUUGCUAACUCGCCCAUGGA